GGAACAGUGAUGGAGAAAUCGAGGAGGUAAAGAUGUAUACAACUUUUGAAAGGAAAGCGUUAUGCCAUUGGUCUGCUGCAUUAUGAAAUCCGAAUGCUGAGCAACGAAAGUGGCGAAUGUGGCUUGUGAUUGAGAAUAGCAGAGUGACUGGCGGGUUUCCCUUCAGGAGACAUUCCAUGUCCGGCGUGCCUGCGUGAGGGAGACUACGGGAAGCUGACUGGGCCCGGCGGGCUGAGGGGAUCACAGAGCGCAGCGAGAGCCCUGCCAUGGCCGGGGGCAUGAAGAAGGCAGUAGCCAUCCCUCCGGACGGAGGAUGGGGGUGGAUGAUCGUGGCAAGCUGUUUCAUCGUCACCGUCUGCACUCGUGCUGUCACCAGAUGCAUCUCCAUCUUCUUCGUGGAGUUUCAGAUCCAUUUUGCCCAUGACUAUUCCCGGACCGCUUGGAUCCACUCUCUGGUGGACUGCACAACCAUGCUGUGUGCUCCACUGGGCAGUUUCAUCGGGAACCGGCUGUCCUGUCGCAUUGCUGUCAUCCUGGGGGGCUUCCUGGCCUCCACUGGGCUUGUCUUAAGCUCCUUCGCCACAAGCCUGGAGUACCUGUACCUCACGCUCGGGGUUCUGACAGGUGUUGGCUUUGCCCUCUGCUAUACCCCGGCCAUUGCUAUGGUGGGGACGUAUUUCUGCGAGAGGAAAGCGCUGGCGUACGGUAUCGCCAUGUCGGGCAGUGGCAUCGGGACCUUCAUCCUGGCCCCCGUGGUGCAGCUCCUCAUAGACCACUACUCCUGGCGGGGGGCCCUCCUGAUCCUGGGGGGGCUCGUCUCCAACCUGUGCGUCUGCGGGGCCCUGCUGAGGCCCGUCGCCGCGAGGGACAAGGGGGAGAGCGCUCCCGCCAUGGCCGACACCGAGAAGGCGGCGGACGGAAGUGCGGCGCUGGCUCCCCUGGUCAGCACCAAGGACCGGGAGUACAGCUGCUUCUGCUUCCAGUCUCUGCAGGAGUACAGCUUCCUGCUCAUGCCCGACUUCAUGGUGCUGGCCGCCUCCUUCCUGUUUCUGGCCAAUGGCUGCAGCGUGCCAUUCGUCUACCUGGUGCCCUACGCCCUCAGCGUGGGAGUCCGCCACCAGCAGGCCGCCUUCCUCAUGUCCAUCCUCGGGGUGAUCGCCAUCGUGGGCAACAUCACCUUCGGCUGGCUCACCGACCGAAGGUGUUUAAAAAAGUACCGUAACGUGUGCUACAUGGUGGCAGUGGGCAUGGAGGGGCUGUGCUGCCUCUUCAUCCCACUUCUGAAGAGUUUUCCUCUGCUCGUGCCUUUCUCGGUGCUCUACGGCUACUUUGAUGGGGCCUACGUGGCCCUCAUACCCGUCGUCACAUCGGACGUCGUCGGAAACACGUACCUCUCCUCAGCCCUGGGAGUGGUCUAUUUCCUCCAUGCCAUACCUUACCUCUUCAGUCCACCAAUCGGAGGAUGGCUGGUGGACCAGACUGGCUCCUACAUGGCCACAUUCUUCCUCAGUGGUUUCUCACUCAUCGCAAGCUCCCUAGUGCUCAGUGCUGCGGCAGUAAUUUGCCGGUGCCAGAAGACGCGCACGUACGCCACCAAUUCAGACCCCAAACUGGACACCUGCCAGAGCACCCACGCUGAUUACUACAAAACUUCACACGAGGAACCAAAGCUUACAGCAAAUAUGCUGUCUGUAUAGCAUUCAAUUUUUUACACUGCAUUUCUUUUCUCCCAUUUUUGUAAUGCCAAAGUGUAUGAAUGCACAAAUAAAACUGGUGUCAGAGCCAACUUGAACCCAUACACAUAAAGCCAGUCGCCUUGUGGGUACAUAAAUGAGCUAUAUUUAGAUAAAGGUCUGCUUGACUUCCACGAUCCCUGUUGAUGAACUGAAUGUUCCUUCUGCAUGACAGCAGUUCUGUGUCUAGAGUGUGCCUUUCCACAUGACAAUGUCAGUACUCCCUCAAGCUUCGGACUUAAAACGGUGGGCCAAAAAUCCUAUUUUUCUUUUGUUUAAAAUUUCCCAUGACUGCCCAGAGUGGGGUACAUUGCUAAUGGUC